AUGGGAAUUGAAGGUCUUCAUCCAUUACUUAAAUCGGCUAUUCAUCGUGUUGAUAUAAAAACGGCUGAAUUUCGAGGUACAACAUGUGCUGUUGAUACAAGUUUUUUACUUCAUCGUGGAGCUUAUGCAUGUGCUGGAAAAUUAGCAAAAAAAGAAUCGACUGAUAAAUAUAUUGUAUAUGUGACGCGAUUUGUUGAAAGACUACUUGAAUGGAAUAUAAAACCUAUUAUGGUUUUUGAUGGUUCAGCAUUACCAGCAAAACGAAUUACAAAUGCUAAUCGUAGCGAUGAACGUGAACGAAAUCGUUUACGUGCACAAAAAGCACUUGCUAGUGGUAAAACUCGUGAAGCUGAACAAUUUUUUCAAAAAGCUAUUGAAAUUACACCAGAUAUGGUUUUAAAUGUUAUUCGAACUCUUCGAACGAUGGGUAUUGAUGUUAUUGUUGCACCAUAUGAAGCUGAUGCUCAAUUAGCAUAUUUAAAUCGAGCAAAAAUAGCUGAUUAUGUUAUAACAGAAGAUUCAGAUCUUGUUCUUUUUGGUUGUCAUCAUAUUUUAUUUAAACUUGAUGACCAAGGAAAUGGUGAAUUAUUUGAAAGAACAAAACUUGAUAUAAAAAAAGAAUUUGGUCUUGAUACAUUUGAACGAUUUCGUUGGAUGUGUAUUUUAUCUGGAUGUGAUUAUCUUGAUAAUAUAACAGGAAUUGGUUUAGCUAAAGCAAAAAAAGUUAUGAGUAGAACUCAAAUAACAAAUAUUGAAUUGAUUCUUAAACAAUUACCACAAAAUCUUGGCAAAUUAAAUCUUCGUGUUACUGAUGAUUAUAUUAUAGGUUUUAAACGAGCACAUUUAGCAUUUCUUCAUCAAAUUGUUUACGAUCCUUUACAAAGAAAACAAAUACAUUUAAAUCCUUUACCAGAUGAUAUCGAUCAUGAUCAAUUAAAAUUUUCUGGACAACUUGAUGAUACACCACUUGCAUUUCAACAUGCAAUUGGUAAUUUAAAUGUAAAAACAAAAUGUAUAGUUGAUAAAUUUGAUCCAAGUAAAUGGAAUUAUCGUCCACCUGGUCCAUCAUCAUCAACUAUUCCACCAUAUCUCAAAUCAAUUUGGAGUAAAGAAUAUACUAUCCGUCCUAAACCAUUUUCAUUAUCAUCAACACCAAUCAAUACACAGGUACUUUCCACACCAUCACCACCACGAAAAGUUCGCUCACAAACAGAUACAAUAUCCAAUGCACUUUCUUCAUCGGCUAUUCUUAAUAUGUAUCUACCAAAAUCGGAUGAAAAGAAAAUUGAUAUUUCAACAAAAUCAACUUCAUCAGUUGAAUAUCAUACGUCUAUAAUUCAAAGUAUUGAAAUUGUUAAACGACCAUUAUUAUUUAAUCAACAUGAUAAUGAUAAAUCAAGUCGAUUUUUUUCAUCGUCUUCUGUAACUAAAACAAGUGUAUUUGAUGCACUUCAUGAAGAUCAAAAUAUUGUACCGGAUAAUGAUAAAACUUCACCGGAAAUUAGUAAUAAACGAUUUAAAAGAUUAAAUACUGAUACUGAUAAUGAUAAUGAUAGUGAUAAUUUAUCGCAACCAAUUAUUCAAAAAUCUAUGGAUGAAUUUCUUACACCAACAAAACAAAAUCGUUUUGUAUUAAAGAGAAAAUCACCAAAUAUCGAAAAAGAAUCAUUAUCCGUGGAUAAAUUAGAUGAGAAAAUAUUUGAACAAGAAAGUACUGAUAUCCAAGAUACUUCAAAUAUAGCAACAUCGGAAUUUUCAUCAACAUUAACAAUCGAAGCUAAAUCACCAGUACUUCAAUUACCUCAAUAUCUUCGAAAUCGUUUUAUUAAACAAACUUCAUCUCGAAUGGUUCGACCGACAUGA